GCCCAACCAUAAUCGGAAAACAAGUGAUAAAGUGAAUCGAAAGCCUAAUGGGGCCUAAGAACGUCCUGGCCACGGCGAGGUUUAAUGACAAGCUGCUAAAUGAUAUUUUAGUGGACUUAAUGACUUGAAGUGGCACGUAAAAUGGCAUUCAAGUGCCAAUGCAAGAUCUCAUCUUGAACUGCGGCAGUGGUCUCCCAAAAAUGCCGACUAGGAUGACAUAGGUAAUUCAUUGACGAUAGGUCUGAAUCACCGGCUAAAAGGCUUCAUUCGUUUUCGUCACAGCUCGCUGGUUGCUGGUCACCGUCAGCCAGUCAGGCUGUUUCAGACCUACCAACUGACCAUCCGCAGUCUACCGACACACACACUGAGCGUACUGCAUGUAGAGCGAUAUCAUGGUGGUUGGAAUGGAGCUAGAGAGGCUCGGCGGCGCGGCGGACUUUACGCCUGACAUGACUGGCUUGACGGCCGACCUUACCCUGGCUGGAUCGUGACCCGCCUUAUUUUGCGUCUGGACGUGUCACAGGAAGGCGCCCCUGUGUGUUCUGACGUGGUCGGCACACAGGACGACACACAGGCUCGCUGGGGACGCAGACGAACACCAUUUCCGUGGGUACACUCCACACCGGGACCGGGGGAAGGGCGGUCGCCUUGCGUCAGUACCUGGCCUACAUACAAUGGGCGCCGGCCGGGAGACGGUGCCCGGGGCGACGAUCUCUGGCUGCUUCAACGAGCGCCGGUCGGAGCUGCAGCAUAUAAACGGUGAAGGCACGGGGAGGGCGAGACUACUACUCUCUCGACUCGACUCAGCGGCACAGUUACUGUCCGACCCAGCUAUGAACUGCCGCGCUCUCGUUCUGCUCACGGUGGCCGUGCUGGCCAGCUACUCCGAGGCCGUGAUCGUGCUCACCACGGCAGCCGCGGCGGGCACGGUGGGUGUAGGCGCCGCCACGGCCGCCGUAGCUCUAGCCGGUAUCGGCGGCUUGGCCCUGGGCGCCGGCCUGGGCGGACUGGUAGCAGCCGGCGGCCGCCGCCGUCACAAGCGCUCAGUUGAGGAAGUCGCCAAGGAGGACACCGUCUUCAACCUGGUGGCGGCCUCAGACAGCUACGGCUGCGCCCUGAAGCUGGUCUGCCUGCUGGAGGCCAAGCCGGACGACCAGCUGGGCGAAGACGACAAGUUCAUCCUGAACAUCUUUGGCCGGGAGCCGGAGGCACCGGCCGUGGACGCCCUCCAGUCGGCGCGCGGAGCCUACGACUAUGCCGCCUUCAUGGGCCACAAGUUCGGCGCCGACUCCUGCGAGAAGCUGUUCCACACGUGCUCCUUCCAGUAUGACGCUAUGAUUGAGUACGUGGCGCGCCUGCGCGCCUAGACAACUAGCACUACAAGCGUACCACGAUACUCGUAAAGCAGUAGCUCAUGUGACAUAAGUGUUCAUUGUUCCGCGUCACUGGAUUCGGAUUCGUUGACCUCUACUGUUCGGUGUGUGCGAAGUACCAAACAGGUCCAUAGAAACGUAGUGUACACUCAACACGCCGCACUUAAAAGGUACAAAUUGUAAUAUUUAUGAUUGAUAAUUUAUUUGUGAAUAAAAUAGAGAA